AGAUAAGAAGAAGAUGACGAAGAAGAAAAAGUAAAGAAGAAGAAGAAGAAGAAGAAAAUGGGGGAAAAAAAGAAAGAGAGAGAUCAAAAAAAAAGAAGAAGAGAAGAAGAAAAAGAAGAAAAAGAAAAAGAAGAAAAAAAGAAAAAGGAAGAAGAAGUUCUCGCGUUGGUGUUGCGCCAAAUGAAGUCACAACUUGGGCAGCGGGUGGCCUCGACGAAUUAUUCGACUCCGUGGGAUAUGGAAGAAGAAGUAGAUGAUGAUGAUGAAGAUGAAGAUGAAGAUGAA